AUGCAACACUCUCAUCGCGAUCACCCAUACGACGAUCAAGGCAAUAGCUAUCCAACUGGUCAUGUAGUCUCACAUCACUCAGACUAUCCAAUAUCACCCUCAUACCCUAACUAUGAUACACAAAGUCAGUACUAUAAUGCACCUCAGCCUCAAUCCAUUCAGGAGGCAAAUAAUCCAUACUAUCGCAGUAUGACACCAGCCCAUUCUCCUCCCCAUCGUUAUUUGACGACUGCCGGACGUGAUCCCCGCUAUUAUAAUCCACAAGGAGUCGUCAGCUCAUCGUCAGCCGUUCCUUCUAGUGUCUACGCCCCUCAAAGCCAAUACUAUAAUGCGUCGUAUCCUCCAGUGGAUCACCGCUCCCCAGCCAGCCCACCACCUCAGUCACAUUUUAUUCCUACACCGUCGGAGAUAGCACACUCGUACUCAAACUAUACCCACCACAUGUCUAUACCCCGCUCCCCUACUGUUCCUCCUCCGGAGAACUACAGAUCCCCCUCUCUUGACUAUCAUGCCUCGUCUCACAUUCCUUCGCAACACUCUCACUCUCACCGUCCUCGCGUCAUGACCGGACGACCACGAACCGUCUCUUCGGCCGCCAGCACUUCUCCGAUUUCCGCGUCCUCUCCUUCCGGGGAACGGUUUCCCUGCGACAAGUGCGGCAAGACUUUUUCUCGAUCCCACGAUAGAAAAAGGCAUCAUGAAACUCAACAUCUCGCGUCGCCAGUCAUUCACCGGUGUCGUUUCUGCGAGAAAGAGUUUAGCAGGUGGCAUAUCUCCGUCCUGGCCUUACUAUAA